UUCUCACAAUCAGUAUGACUUGAGGUUUUUGACAGAUUGUUGCGCAUAAUGUGUGUUAAUUGAACAAUAAUACGAACAUAUCCGCAAAGUGAAGAUUGUAAACAUCAAAGAUAAAAAAAAUUAUUAUUUAUUACUAAAAGUGUGAACACGAAUUUAUAGUUUCACGUACAAAACAGCUUCUAUUGUAAUUUCGACGAUAUGUCUGAUUAUUUUGAGGAAAUGGGUUGGACGCCUUUAGAUGACGGAGAGGCGCCGAAUCAUCUCAUUCAAAUGGCACGGUUCUUACGAGAUUAUGGCAUGUGGGAAUUACUUGGAGAGGACGCAAAACUUCCACCGCCAGCGUCAAAAAAUGCAGUGGAAACUUUGCCAGAAAUUAAGAUUGAACCCAGUGAGACUAAACAGUGUCCAGUUUGCUUGAAAGAAUUCGAGGUGAACGAUAAAGCGAAAUCGAUGCCCUGUCAUCAUGUGUUUCAUCAAGAGUGUAUUUUGCCCUGGUUAGAAAAAACUAAUUCGUGUCCACUCUGCCGAUACGAAUUGCCGACAGACGAUGAAGAAUAUGAAAUGUACAGAAAAGAGAAGAAGCGGGCGGUAGAGAGAGAGAAAGACUUGGAAUAUCUACAUAAUUCUAUGUUUACGUAGGAAAUAUAUAACUUUUUCGUACCAAAAAUAUACAAAUAUAUAAGGAAAAAUUAUCUUUAAUCUUGUAUUCUGUAAGAUUAUAUUAAGAAUAUCACUCGUCAGCAAGCGCCUUGUAUUACUGAUAGUUGGAAAAGAUGAAAAUAUCAAUAAUGUAUACAAUCAAUUCGUUACAUUCGUGUAUUAAAAAGAUAUGUACUUACCGU